AUGGGGCCGAGGGGGCUGCGACCCCCGCGCCUGGGGGUGAUGCUGCUGCUGCUCGGCCACCUCCCGCUGCCCCCCGUGCGGGCUCCCUCCGAAAUCUGCGGCAGCAUGGACAUCCGCAACGACGUCUCCCAGCUGCGGAAGCUGGAGAACUGCUCCAUCAUCGAGGGCAACCUGCAGAUCCUGCUGAUGUUCACCACGGGCGCCGAGGACUUUCGGGGGCUCAGCUUCCCUCGCCUGCUUAUGAUCACGGAGUACCUGCUCCUUUUCCGCGUCUACGGGCUGGAGAGCCUGCGGGAUCUCUUCCCCAACCUCUCGGUCAUCCGCGGCACCAACCUCUUCUUCAGCUACGCCUUGGUCAUCUUUGAGAUGCCGCACCUGCGGGACGUGGGGCUGCACAGCCUGGGCCACAUCCUGCGCGGUUCGGUGCGCAUCGAGCGCAACCAGGAGCUCUGCCACCUCUCCACCAUCGACUGGGGGCUGCUGCUGCCUGAUGCUGGUGACAGCACCUACAUCGUGGGCAAUAAACUGGCUGAGGAGUGCGCCGACGUCUGCCCGGGCAUCCUGGACGUGGAGAAGCCAUGCGUGCAGACCAGCGUCAAUGGACAGCUGGAAUAUCGCUGCUGGACUUCCAGCUACUGCCAGAAAGUGUGCCCGUGCGGCGCGGGCUCAGCGUGCACGGCGACGGGCGAGUGCUGCCACACCGAGUGCCUGGGGGGCUGCGGCCGUCCCCGCGACAGCCGCGCCUGCGUCGCCUGCCGCCACUUCCACUUCAACGGGCACUGCCUGCCCUCGUGCCCGCCCCGCACCUACGAGUACGAGGGCUGGCGCUGCGUCACCGCCGAGUACUGCGCCAGCCUCCGCAAGGUCUCCGACAACCCCCGUGACGCCUCCAAGUUCGUCAUACACCAGCGGCAGUGCCUCUCCGAGUGUCCCUCGGGCUACACCAGAAAYGAGAGCAGCAUGUUCUGCCACAAGUGUGAGGGGCUGUGUCCCAAGGAGUGCAAGGUGGGCACCAAGACCAUCGAUUCGACGCGGGCGGCGCAGGAGCUGGGGGGCUGCACCCUCAUCGAGGGGAACCUCAUCCUCAACAUCCGCCGGGGCUAUAACCUGGCCUCGGAGCUGCAGAGCAGCCUGGGGCUCAUCGAGACCAUCACGGGCUUCCUGAAAAUCAAACACUCCUUCGCCCUCGUCUCCUUGUCCUUCUUCAAGAACCUCAAGCUGAUCCGUGGUGACUCCAUGGUGGAUGGGAAUUACACCCUGUACGUCCUGGACAACCAGAACCUGCAGCAGCUCUGGGACUGGAACCACCACGUCCUCUCCAUCCCYGUGGGCAAGAUGUACUUUGCCUUCAAUCCCAAGCUGUGCCUGGCCGAGAUCUACCGCAUGGAGGAGGUGACGGGCACCAAGGGGCGGCAGAACAAGGCGGAGAUCAACCCGCGCACCAACGGGGACCGGGCGUCCUGUAAGACCCAGACCCUGCGCUUCAUCUCCAACGUCACCGAGUCCGACCGCAUCUUCCUCAAGUGGGAGCGGUACCGGCCCCCCGAGUACCGGGACCUCCUCAGCUUCAUUGUCUACUACAAGGAGUCACCCUUCCAGAACGUGUCGGAGUACGUGGGGCAGGACGCCUGCGGGGCCCAGAGCUGGAACGUGCUGGACGUGGAUCUGCCGCUGAGCAGUGAGCAGGAGCCGGGGGUGACGCUGCUCAACCUCCGUCCCUGGACCCAAUACGCCAUCUUUGUGCGCGCCAUCACCCUCACCACGGCCGAGGAAGGGCGCAACUACGGGGCGCAGAGCGAGGUGGUUUACAUCCGCACCAUGCCAGCGGCCCCAACGGUGCCCCGGGAUGUCAUCUCCAUGUCCAACUCCUCCUCCCACAUCGUGGUGCGCUGGAAGCCGCCCACGCAACGCAACGGCAACAUCACCUACUACCUGGUGCUGUGGCAGCAGCUGGCCGAGGACAUGGAGCUCUACAUCAACGACUACUGCCAUAAAGGCCUGAAGCUGCCCACCAGCAGUGCAGACACACGUUUCGGGUUUGGGGAUGGCCCCGAAGGGGAGCAGGAUGCGGAGGAGCGGUGCUGCCCCUGCCGCCCCACUGACGGGCAGCUCCGCGUGGAGGGCGAGGCCGAGUCCUUCCAGAAGAAGUUUGAGAACUUCCUGCACAAUUCCAUCACCAUCCCCAGGCCACCCUGGAAGGUGACAUCCAUCAAUAAGAACCCGCAGAGGACCCCAAAGCAGCGCAGGGACGUGUUGGCUGUCACAUCCCCGGCCAAUGGCUCCUCAGCGGAGCCUCAGGCCCCGAGCCGCCCCAGAGGCGAGCCCAAACCCAACUUCCAGAUCUUCGAGGACAAGGUGGUGCGYGACCGGGCGGUGCUGUCGCGGCUGCGCCACUUCACCGAGUACCGCAUCGACAUCCACGCCUGCAACCACGCCGCACACACCGUGGGCUGCAGCGCCGCCACCUUCGUCUUCGCCAGGACCAUGCCUGAGCUGCAAGCUGACAACAUUCCCGGCAAUGUCACGUGGGAGCCGGCCAGCAAGAACAGCGUCCUGCUGCGCUGGGAAGAGCCCAGGAACCCCAACGGGCUCAUCCUUAAGUAUGAGAUUAAAUACAGCCGGGAGAGCGAGGUGAGAGCCCCCUGUGGCGUCUCCUGUCUACCCAUGGUUAGAGGGGUACAGCACUCGGCCACACAGGGAUCAGAGGGUGCUGCUGGUUUGGGGAGCUGGGGGCUCCCCCUCUCUGGUGCUGGUGGGACAGAUGAGGUGGGAUGAGCCCUCAGACCUCUGCUCCCGGCAGCCGAGGAGGAGUCCGGCAGCUUCUACAUCCUGCUCACUGUCACGCCCGUGGUGCUCAUGGUGCUCAUCUCCUGCCUGGCCGUCUUCGUCUUCUUCUACAACAAGAAGAGACGUGGAUGGGGAUGGGAUGAAGAUGAGGGUGGGGAUGCAGAUGGGGUUAAUUACAGUGAUGGGGAUGGGGUGAUCCCCGCUCAMCCCACAGUGUACAUGCCUGAUGAGUGGGAGGUGUCCCGAGAGAAGAUCACAGUGAUCCGGGAGCUGGGACAGGGCUCCUUUGGGAUGGUGUAUGAGGGGGUGGCGCUGGGGCUGGUCACGGAGGGAGAGGAGACCAAGGUGGCCCUGAAGACAGUCAACGAGCUGGCCACCAUGCGGGAGCGCAUCGAGUUCCUCAACGAGGCCUCUGUCAUGAAAGCCUUCAAGUGCCACCACGUGGUCCGUCUGCUCGGCGUUGUGUCCCAGGGCCAGCCAGCUUUGGUCAUCAUGGAGCUGAUGACACGUGGAGACCUCAAGAGCUACCUGCGAUCGCUACGGCCCGAAGCUGAGAACAACCCCGGGCUGCCRCCACCAUCGCUCAAGGACAUGAUCCAGAUGGCCGGCGAGAUCGCCGAUGGCAUGGCGUACCUCAACGCCAACAAAUUYGUGCACCGGGACCUGGCUGCCCGCAACUGCAUGGUGUCCGAGGACUUCACCGUCAAGAUUGGAGAUUUCGGCAUGACCCGGGAUAUCUACGAGACGGAUUAUUACCGGAAAGGGGGCAAGGGGCUGCUCCCCGUGCGCUGGAUGUCCCCCGAGGCGCUCAAGGACGGCAUCUUCAACACGCAGUCUGACGUGUGGUCCUUUGGCGUGGUGCUGUGGGAGAUCGCCACCCUGGCUGAGCAGCCCUACCAGGGCAUGUCCAACGAGCAGGUCCUGCGCUUUGUCAUGGACAACGGCAUCCUGGAGCGGCCCGAAAACUGCCCUGACGAGCUCCACGAGCUGAUGUGCCUGUGCUGGCAGCAGAACCCGCGCCAGCGCCCMUCCUUCGUCCAGCUGCUGGAGCGCAUUAAGGACCACAUGGCACCCGCUUUCCGCACCCUCUCCUUCUUCUACAGCCCCGAGAACGGCCAUCACGGCUCGGGAGAAGCCUCUGACACUGAGACAGACCCGUCCCCCGAGGAGGAUGAGCCCCCUGCAUCCCCCCUGCCCACACGCAAGGACCACAGCUCUGGCCAGCUCCCCAACGGGACGGCCCGACUUUGA